AAUGAGCAACAAUUAGCUUAAGAUUUAUCAUUUCAAAAAGUAUUGUACAAUAAAGUACUUAAAAAUGAAGUCACUUGUUGGUUUUGUGAUUUUUUCGGCCAUUUUUGGUCUUACAAUUGGGUAUCCUACUCGAGUUGAGAGGGAUCCAGAACAAGGAGAUUACUUUGAGGGCGAUAUUGAGCUUUCACCAGAACAAAAGAUGGCAAUUGAAGGAAAAGCUCGAAACGGUUUGAUAGCCGAACAAUUCCGUUGGCCUGACAAAAAUAUCUUCUACAAGUUUACUGAAGGACAUUUUGAUAAAGCUCAUAAAAAUCACGUCCUUCGUGGUAUGCAAAUGAUCGAAGAAGUAUCUUGCAUUCGCUUUCUUCCAGCUAACAAGUCCAUCAAAACCUUUAUCAAUAUAACAAGCUUGGAAACAGGUUGCCAUUCAGCUGUUGGAUUUCAAAAUAAACAACAAAAUGUAAAUUUCGAAUUCAACGAAUUGGAUAAAGGAUGUUUCCGUCUAGCUUCAAUUGUUCAUGAAUUCUUGCAUUCUUUGGGCUUCUAUCAUCAACAAAGUGCAUCAGAUCGUGAUGAAUUUGUAAAAAUUGCAUUUGAAAAUAUUUCCGAUGGUCAUGAGCAUAAUUUCGAAAUUUACAAUUCUUCAGUUGUUGAAGAUUUUGGUGUUGCAUAUGAUUAUGGAAGUGUUAUGCAUUACAGUUCAACAGCAUUUUCGAAAAAUGGAGAAAAGACUAUUAUUCCAAUUCUCGAUGAAAAUAUUGAAAUUGGCCAAAGGAGGGGAAUGAGUGCAAAGGACAUUUACAAAUUAAAUUUAAUGUACAAAUGUCCAAUUCCAAUAAUGUGAUUUAUUUUAGUGAAACAAGUGAAAACUAGUCAAAAUAGUGGUUAAGAAAAAAAUUUAAUUAGAAAUAAGUAGAUAGUAAUAUUUUUUAAGAAGAGAAAAAAGUGUAACGAGAGAUUAUCUGUUUAAAGAUCGGAUUUCUAUACGAAUUGUAUUAAAUUAGAAAUAAAUCAUAAAUAUUAAAAAUAUUGAAAAAUUAUAUUUCUGUUUAACAAGUGUUUAUUUUUGA